GUACCAUUCAUCUCAAUCCCCACAUCCAUUUGCGCAAGCCAUGGCUGUCCCCCACCAGAAAAAGAGAGACGCCAAAGGGGCCAAAACCAAUUCCCACAACCCACCAGCCAUAGGCUGCAGCUUUCCCCUCAUCUCCAGUUUGAUUCAUGGUGGCAUAAGCUAAUCUAAAUCUUCUCCCAUUAUACUGUGAUUUGUAGUAGCAGGAAAAGAGAGAGAGAGAGAGAAAGAGGGAUUGAUGCCUGGUGGCCGCGGCGGCAGCAGCAGCAACAACAGCAGCAGCAACCAAACUAGCGUAGUAUGGUUCAGAAGGGACUUGAGGGUGGAGGACAACCCAGCCCUGGCUGCUGGGGUGAGGGCAGGGGCGGUGGUGGCCCUGUACAUAUGGGCUCCUGAGGAGGAGGGGUCUUUCUACCCUGGGAGGGUGUCCAGGUGGUGGCUCAGCCAGAGCCUCCACCACCUUGACUCCUCCCUCAGGAGCCUGGGCACCCCCCUCAUCACCAAGAGGUCACUGGAUACGGCUUCCACCCUCCUUGAGGUCGUUCGCUCCACUGCUGCCACCAGCCUCUUCUUCAACCACCUCUAUGAUCCUCUCUCUCUUGUUAGGGAUCAUGGGCUGAAGGAACUUCUGACUGCUCAAGGCAUAAGAGUUUGCUCGUUCAAUGCGGAUUUGCUCUAUGAACCAUGGGAAGUCAAUGAUGAAAAUGGUCAACCAUUUACAACUUUUGCUCCUUUCUGGAAUAGAUGCCUCAGCAUGCCUUAUGAUCCAGCUGCACCUUUGUUGCCGCCGAAAAGAGUAGUACCAGGCGAUGUAUCAGGAUGCCCUUCAGAUAUUCUGGUCUUUGAGGAUGAGUCUGAGAAGGGAAGCAAUGCCCUUCUUGCUCGAGCGUGGUCACCAGGAUGGCGUAAUGCUGACAAGUCUCUGACUUCCUUCAUUAAUGGACCUUUGAUUGAGUACUCUGUGAAUCGAAGGAAAGCAGAUAGUGCAUCUACAUCACUACUUUCACCUCAUUUGCAUUUUGGGGAGCUAAGUGUCCGCAAAGUCUUCCAUCUUGUUCGUAUGAAGCAGCUUGUGUGGACCAAUGAGGGGAAUAAAGCAGCCGAAGAGAGCUGUGAUUUGUUCCUUAAAUCUAUUGGUCUUCGGGAGUACUCUAGAUACUUGAGUUUCAACCACCCUUACAGUCAUGAGAAACCUCUCUUGGUCCACCUUAGGUUCUUUCCUUGGGUGAUCGAUGAAGAUUAUUUCAAAGCUUGGAGACAAGGUAGAACGGGUUAUCCUCUCGUAGAUGCUGGCAUGAGAGAGCUUUGGGCCACUGGCUGGCUGCAUGAUCGAAUACGUGUGGUUGUGGCCAGCUUCUUUGUGAAGGUCUUGCAACUUCCUUGGAGGUGGGGAAUGAAGUACUUUUGGGACACUUUAUUAGAUGCCGAUCUUGAAAGUGAUGCCCUGGGUUGGCAGUACAUAUCCGGGUCUCUUCCUGAUGGUCGUGAGCUGGAUCGCAUUGAUAACCCUCAGUUCGAGGGCUACAAGUUUGAUCCGCAUGGAGAAUAUGUACGACGUUGGCUUCCUGAGCUUGCAAGGUUACCAACUCAAUGGAUACACCAUCCAUGGGAUGCACCUGAAUCUGUACUACAAGCUGCAGGGGUUGAACUUGGUUCCAACUACCCUCUCCCUAUUGUAGAAAUUGCUGCAGCUGUAGCCAGACUUCAAGAAGCUCUUGCUGAGAUGUGGCAACUAGAGGCUGCAUCAAGAGCUGCACUAGAGAAUGGAACAGAGGAAGGCCUUGGUGACUCAUCAGAACUACCCGUAAUAGAUUUUCCUCGGGAGGUAUAUAUGGAAGUGGAGCAGGAACAAUUAAGGAUCAACAAUUCCCCAGCUUCAGGCAGGAGACAUCAAGAUCAGAUGGUUCCGAGCAUGACCUCUUCACUGGUUAGAGUUGAAGAGGAGGAAGUUUCUACUAGUUCAGGAAAUGCUGAUGCUGAUAGCAGAGCAGAAGUACCGUCACACACAACUUACGGUCUGCUGCCUCAAAGAGAACCCACUGAUCAGGCUGGCAUGCAUACCGUCAGAGAUAAUGUAACUCAACAUUUCAACCCAACCAGGUUGGAGAUGCCUGAACAUUCCAUAGGGCCAUCAUCUGGUAGUUGGAGGGAAAGAGACAGUGGCGUUGUUCCUGUUUGGUCCCCUCCAACAACUUCUAGCUGCUCAGGGCUUUUAGCAACCGAGGAUGGUGGGCAUCCACAUUCCCGCCAAUUGAUGAAUUGGGGGCAGCUUUCACAGACAAGGACGAGAAGUUGGGAGGUGGAAAACACUCUGCAGCCGAAUGCCAUUGGAUAGGCUAUGUAGUAAGACUACCUAUGUAAAUUGUCUAUCGCUCCCCCUUUAUAACUUGCAUAUGAUCAUCCUCGUAUAGGAAUGUUUAAAUAUGUGUUGACAGUUUAAUCCUAUAGUACUUAUGUACCAUUAAGAUGUCGUGUAGCUAUUUUUUAGAGUAUUUCUCCUGCAAAUAUGUUUUUCUCUUCUCUCA